CGCCUGGACAGCUUCGAGGCGGGCGCGGCGGCCGAGGUCUCGUCGGAGGAGCGAGACCUGCGUGCAGCGUUCGACAUCAUAUGUGACCACGUGGGGAAGGACUGGAGAAGGCUGGCCCGCCAGCUUCGAGUGUCUGACGCCAUGAUCGAUGCCAUCGAGGAGAAGUAUCCCCGCAAUCUGACAGAGCAGGUGAGGGAGUCGCUGAGAGUCUGGAAGAACAUCCACAAGGAGGACCCGGCUGUGUCCCACCUGGUGAGGGCGCUCAGGGCCUGCCAGCUGAACCUGGUGGCCGACCUCAUCGAGGACGAUCAGCAGGCCCGGAGCCUCGAGAGCGAGACCAGUCGAGGUGGCGGCACCGGCACCGUGUCCCUGACGUCACGGGACUCAGAUAGGCCGUCCUCGGGAGUCCCCUGGUGACCCAGCGGCUCUUCCCCGGGGGCCUGGGGGCAUCGGCACAGCCCGAACUUUGGUUCCCCCGCCAAGCUUGACCACGUGCCUUCCGCGUGCCAGUGCCGUGAAGUCCUAGCCGCGAGCCGGGACGAGGGACCCAGCGCUCAAGGCCCAGAGUGGCGUCUCCAUCAGAGCUGGCAUUCACUGAGCAUUUGCUCUGUGCCAGACGGGACUUGGGCGCGUACAGAUGCUUUCAUUCGUUCCUUGUGAUCGCCCCAGAGAGGGGGAGUCUGUUGUCCCAUUAAAUGAGGCCCUGCGGGAGGAAGUUUGGGAUCCACAUCCAGCACACAGAGGGACAUAAAAGUCAGCGUUAUCACUGUCGUCACCAUACGGGUGGGGGGACAGUGCCGAGGCCAGCGGCCGGGCGGUCGGCAGCCGUGGGAAAGCAGGGAGUUGAGCCGGGGCCAUGAGGCUCCAGCGUCCACACGGGCCCACAGGGUCAUUCUGUUGCUCCCAGAGCCAGCCAGAGGCUUUGAGGCCGUCAGCGUAGACCCGUGUACCCGGACAGGUGGCGUGGGGAAAGCUGGUGGGCUCGUGGCCCUUGCGUGUGUCAAGGGACAGCAAGGCUUAUGAGGACGGCCGGGAAUAACACUGUUAAGUGCUCAGGGGUGAUUGGUACAGAGUCUGUGCUCUACAGAUGUUAGUUCUUAGAAGUAUUAUGACUUCAAAAUCAUGACUAUCAAAAUCACUGUUCUGAUAAUGGAUUUUAGUAAGGGAGCUGGAUCCUGUAAUUGUAAAGAGCAGUCUUUGUGCUUCGGAGGUAAUCCUCUU